UCACGGCUGGUUCUUGGAAGGAGGGGGCAGUAGAUCUCAACGAGUUUGGGUAUUUAAGGAGAGGAGCUACCAUCUUCUUCAAGCACCACCCUUUCUUCUCAUUCUCUUCUCUCAGCCCUUCGCCGGAGCCAGAGUCAGGCUGAGAGCCCCUUCAAGCUAAGGAAACAUGGUGAAGAUAUGCUGCAUUGGUGCUGGCUACGUCGGCGGACCAACCAUGGCCGUGAUCGCCUUCAAGUGCCCCUCCGUCGAGGUCUACGUCGUCGACAUCUCCGUGAGCCGCAUCGCAGCAUGGAACAGCGAUCGUCUCCCUAUUUACGAGCCAGGCCUCGAUGAGGUCGUCAAGCAGUGCCGCGGAAGGAACCUUUUCUUCAGUAGCAACGUCGAGCAGCAUGUCGCCGAGGCCGAUAUCAUCUUCGUCUCCGUGAACACUCCCACGAAGACUCGCGGCCUCGGAGCAGGAAAGGCUGCCGACCUCACCUACUGGGAAAGCGCGGCUCGCAUGAUCGCCGACGUUUCCAAGUCCGACAAGAUCGUGGUCGAGAAAUCCACAGUUCCGGUCAAGACCGCGGAGGCCAUCGAGAAGAUUCUGACUCACAACAGCAAAGGCAUCAACUAUCAGAUUCUCUCGAACCCAGAGUUUCUCGCAGAGGGCACGGCCAUCGACGACCUGUUCAAGCCUGACCGGGUUCUCAUCGGCGGCCGGGAGACUCCGGAGGGCCGCAAGGCUGUUCAAGCCUUGAAAGACGUUUACGCUCAUUGGGUACCCGAGGACCGUAUCAUAACAACCAACCUGUGGUCGGCAGAGCUCUCGAAGCUGGCGGCGAAUGCCUUCUUGGCACAGAGGAUAUCUUCGGUCAAUGCUAUUUCUGCACUCUGCGAGGCUACCGGAGCCGAUGUUUCCGAGGUGGCCUACGCCGUCGGCAAAGAUUCAAGGAUCGGCCCUAAAUUCCUCAACGCUAGUGUCGGAUUCGGAGGGUCCUGUUUCCAGAAAGAUAUCCUUAAUCUCGUCUACAUAUGCGAGUGCAACGGCCUGCCGGAGGUGGCCAACUACUGGAGGCAGGUCAUUAAGAUCAAUGACUACCAGAAGAGCCGCUUUGUGAACCGCGUCGUCGCCUCCAUGUUCAACACCGUCGCCGGGAAAAAGAUUGCCGUGCUGGGAUUCGCCUUCAAGAAGGACACGGGCGACACGAGGGAGACCCCUGCCAUCGAUGUUUGCAAGGGACUGUUGGGGGACAAGGCCAAGAUCAGCAUUUACGACCCCCAGGUGACGGAGGACCAGAUCCAACGCGACAUAGCGAUGAGCAAGUUCGAUUGGGACCAUCCGGUGCACCUUCAGCCGACGAGCCCGACUGCCGUGAAGCAGGUGAGCGUUGCCUGGGACGCAUACGAGGCGACCAAGGGGGCGCACGGCGUUUGCAUCCUCACGGAAUGGAAUGAGUUCAAGGAGUUGGAUUACCAGAAGAUCUAUGACAACAUGCAGAAGCCGGCCUUCUUCUUCGACGGCCGCAAUGUGGUCGACCCGCAGAAGCUCAGGGAGAUUGGGUUCAUCGUUUACUCGAUUGGGAAGCCUCUGGACGCAUGGCUCAAGGACAUGCCUGCUGUUGCCUGAUUAAUUAAAGAGCAGAUCGUGCAAGGUGGUCGGCGGUGCAUCAUUCGUAUCAUAGAUGAUGAUUCUUUAUAGUUAAGGUUCCGCAUUUCCAUGAAUUUUUUCUUUCCUUCUGUUUUGGAAUAAUUGUUUAGUGUGUCUUGUCCUAUCUCUUUGAUGUUUUAAGCCGAUAUAGUUGUAUGCAUGUUUUGCCACUUUCAAUGGAUAAACCUUAUACUCUCA